AUGUGCAAUCGCGUCGAUUUGAACAAGGAACGUGAAAAGCGAUCAAGAAUGAUCGCCGCAGUUUUUGCCAUAGUCUUCGCAGUGCUACUUAUUUCCAUGCUGGAGCAGAUCAGUAACUAUGUGGAUAUACCAGAGAUGACACCAAUCGAUCCAUCUAUUCGAUCCAAUAUGAGCCGUGUGAAUCUGAUAACUGCCAGUGAAUUACAAACGAAAGGAACACAGUUGGGUGCUGGAGCGUUCGGAGUUGUAUAUGCGGGUUUCUGGUUUCCGAAGGGUAAAGGUAAAAUCAAGGUGCCCGUCGCUAUAAAGCUGGUUAAAGGAAUGCGAACUGGCAAAGAGGAAUCAGAAAUGUUGAACGAGGCUAUGCAAAUGUCGUCACUUCGUCAUGAACAUCUGCUUCGCCUUGUCGGUAUUUGCCUUCAUGAGGAAGGAAUCCAACUGGUUACACUCCUACGUCCACUAGGGAAUCUGCUUGGUUUUUUAAAGAAACAUAAAGCGCACCUUUGUGGCAAGGAUGUACUGUUAUACUGUUAUCAGAUAUCGUCGUGUCUUUAUUUAUAUGUCGACUUGUGGGUCAUUUUUUUACAGGCAAUGAAAUAUCUGUAUGAACAUCGUGUCAUUCAUCGUGACCUUGCUGCGAGAAAUGUGCUUGUGAAAAGGCACAAUCACGUUGAAGUAACUGAUUUUGGACUUGCCAAACUUCUCGACUACGGUCAAGAGAAGGUGAAGGUCAUGGAAGGAAAGGUGGCUAUAAAGUGGCUGGCGUUAGAGUCGCUGAAAGACCAAAGCUACACUCAUCGUACUGACGUAUGGGCGUUCGGUGUAACGUGCUGGGAAAUUCUUACAUUUGGGCAGGUACCCGGUCACAUUUUUGUGAGUCCAUAUCAAGGUAUGGAUAUUUGUUCGAUCAAGAACUUCCUCCAGGACGGUAAUCGUCUUUCACAGCCGAGUAACUGCUCAAUUGAACUUUACCAAGUCUUGCUGCAAUGCUGGAUGGCGAAUCCGGAAUCGAGACCGACUUUCACCAUGCUGCAUGAGCGCUUCCAAAACUUUUGUCGAAUUCCACACCUUUACGUUGAGGACCAAGUAACACCACAAGCGUUUGUCGAAACGGAAUGUCAGAGAGAUCUCUUACGAGAAUUGCUAAACGAUACCGAAAACGACUUCACAGAUCCGUUGAACUACUUCGAAAUGUGUGAGAAUCCCGAAACUCCAACUGCUGAUUUUGAGACCGUAUGUGUUAUCUUCAGGCAGUAUAAAUAA